GCCCGCCUGGCAUCUUGCUCUUGUUCACAUCACAACACGAUUACCUUCCUUCCGUCUCACUUGAGCGCCGACCCGUUCUGUCUCCUUUAUCGACGACUGGUUUGGCAGCAAUACGCCCAACACCACUUGGCAACUUGAAAUAGUUCCGGACGUUAGGCCACGUCAGGGACGUGCUGUCCCUAGCGUCGAGCUUCGCAACACCUCGUCUAGUGCGACCUCGAAGACCUCGUUGUACCUCUCCGAUAGCACAUCCGCGUUUCGAUUCGUGGACGCGCCGCGCCCACUUGGCGUUGUACGCACUCACGGCCCAGGCUUCGGUCCAGCGAGCUGCAUGAAGCAACGACGGCCUUGACCGAGCCAAGCAUUGCCGUUUUAACUGCCGGCGAUCUAGACAAUAACCAUGGAUGGUGAUGUUGUAGGGGCUCCCAUGCCAGCCGUUGCUGCUGGCGUCAGCGGCCCCGAUCAAGAUGUAUCCUCCCUCCUCAGCUCGUCGCCGCCCGAUGGUGCCAUACUCGAAUCUCCUUCCCUCAGCGCCACGACAUCAAAAAGCCCCAGGCUCUCGCGAAAUCCAUCCUUCUCCGGUAGCAGCUCCUAUCAGGAUGACUGGGACCCUUUGCCGCCCCUCGACCGUCUGACCGUCCUUGACCUACUCGACAACUUCGCUCUGCCACAUCAGCUGGAGAAGCUUCAAAAGGGUAUUUCAGCUCAGACACGCAAGGUCCGCCGUUCCAGAGACGCCUUCAAAUCCAAAACUCAGCUGGCACGCGAUCGCAUGGUGGAAGAAUGGCGUCGCCGUGUCCCAUCAGCCGAUGAACAACUUGAUCGAUACAGAAAGCGCAUGCGCCAGCGCGUCGACAAGCUCGGCAAACAGUGGAACGAUACCAAAGCCAUCAGCCUGCGGGAGAAGAUAUCCUUCAUCUGCGGCGUUAUGAACAUAUUCAUCAGCGGAUACCUCAUCGGCGGCUUCCCGCAGUACUUUCAUCUCUGGUAUACGGCACAGCUGGUAUAUUUCAUGCCCAUCAGGUUCUUUACAUAUCACCGCCGUGGCUACCACUACUUCCUGGCUGAUCUCUGCUAUUUUGUCAACGUGCUCCUGAGCCUUAGUAUAUGGGUCUUCCCUGGCUCGAAGCGGCUCUUCACCUCCGCCUAUUGUCUGGCGUUCGGCAACAACGCUGUCGCCAUCAUCAUGUGGCGCAACUCUCUCGUAUUCCACAGCUUCGACAAGGUCACCUCUCUCUUCAUCCACAUCAUGCCGUGUGCCACGCUUCACUGCAUCGUUCAUCUGUAUCCCGAGGCACUGCAGAAAGAACGGUUCCCCGCCAUUUGGACCAUCAAACACUCUGCCCCCGGCUCGCCCACUGCGUAUGCCAACGUUGUGUCCAUGUUAGCUUGGAGCACCUUGCCAUACGCAUUCUGGCAGCUGAGCUACUAUUUCUUCAUUACCGUGCGCCGCAGGGAAAAGAUUGCUGCAGGCCGCCCCACGUCUUUCACCUGGUUGCGACGCUCGUACUCCAAAACUUGGAUCGGCAAGGUUGUCCUGUCCCUCCCAGAUGCUCUACAAGAGUCGGCCUUCAUGUUGAUUCAAUACUGCUAUGCGGUGCUUACCAUGCUUCCUUGUCCCUUGUGGUUCAUGAGCCGAUACGCCUCUUCUGCAUUCCUGUUGGUAGUCUUCGCCUGGAGUAUUUACAACGGCUCGACCUACUAUAUUGACGUUUUUGGUAAACGUUUUCAGAAGGAGCUGGAGGCUAUGAAAGCCGAAGUUCUGAAAUGGCAGACCACACCGGAGCUCAUGCUUCAGUCGCCGCUCAUCACGCCGCACCCCGAUGCGCCGUCAGCACAGGCAGCGGCUGGCUUGGCCACACAGCCUAUCGACGCGGCCGCAGACGCCAGUCAUGAUGUACCCUCUGGAAACAAAUCACCCAGUUGGGACAGUGUCAAGGGUCGCAACCAGGCUCUUGAAAAUAUCCCGCUUCUGGACGAAAGCAUACCCAUAUCAGCGACUGGUGUGGAAGGCGGGGCUAGAGACAUGGCUCGUGAGCGGAGAGCCGGGAACGAGCUUGAUUCUUGAUGCGGGCUUGAACGCCAACGGUGGCUACUCCAGUGUCUCUUUCGUGGUCGAAAGCUCGUAUCCGCACAUGGAGCAUUGAUUGGCUGCACCGCCAUGCGAUCGGUCAGUUUCGCGUCUAAGAGAUUGGGAGACAGGUUCUCGUAGGUGGAUAGGUGUUCUGGUGUCUUCUUUUGUUGCGUCUGUUGGACAAGACAUCCUCGCUGCAUCGUCAAUCAGAUGGAUGUGCGUGCAGUCUCUGAAGUGGCCGAAUAGGACGACCGCCCGCAAUAGAUCCAUAUGGCAACCGACCAUGACCUACCUUUGUGAGGUUUUCUGUGGUUGGCGUUCGUUAUGCGGACGUCAGGACGCGUUGUAAUACAGUAGUCAAGAUGUAAAGAGUAGUUUGAUUCUUGCGUCGAGAAGCGUCACCUUCUCUGGAUUGCGCUAUGCCCGAAUAAAAUGCCAAC